AAUUUUUCAUUCGAUCUUGGAACGCGAAGGCAACAUCGCCUUCUGUUUGAUUGUGUUUAAAAGAUAUAUGGACUUUUUCGUGGUUGCUCUGUGAAUACAUGGAAUGUGCGACCCAUCGUCUUGUUUUCGUCUGAUUUUUCGCUUCUUUACUUCGUUCUUUGAAAGCACAGAAAGUAUCCCGUUCAUUUCUUUCUUCUCAAAAUUGCAAAAACAAAGAGCACUGAUGCGGAGUCGAAGAGAUCAGACCGAUGGUGACAUGGAAACUAUUCGAUCGGGUAUACAAUCCUUGGAGCCAGCGGGGAUACCUGAGAGCAAGUUCGAGGUUGGUUGUGAGCGAACUAUGGAGAGGACGUUAAGUGGGGCUUCAGACAUCUUAGUGCGCCCUUGGGAUGGAGUUCCGAAUCAGGAGCCACACUAUUUUACCUUUGAAGUUUCGUGGGAAGUUGCUAACAAAGUUGGUGGGAUCUAUACUGUGAUCAGAUCUAAAGCACCGGCUGCAGUUGAUGUACUAGGAAACAAGUAUUGCUUGAUAGGAAUUUACAAUGAUCUGCAAUGCAAGACUGAAGUUGAAAUGAUGGAACCUGAAGAUCCUGCAAUGAAAGGAGCUGUCCAAGCCAUGAGAGACAGUGGUGUAGAGACUCACUUUGGGAGAUGGUUGAUUGAUGGAUAUCCCAAGGUGGUUCUUUUUAACAUUGGCUCAAUUUACCACAAGCUGGGUCAAAUGAAGAAUGACUUUUGGAAGAAAACUCACAUUGGUAUCCCUGAGCCUGACACAGAGUGUAAUGAUGCUGUCGUGUUGGGAUUCUUGGUUGCACAGUUUAUUGGAGAGUUUCGCGCCAGAUGUGAACCAGACCUACCUAUAGCUGCACAUUUCCAUGAAUGGCAGGCAGGGGUGGGACUUGUUCUCCUGCGAAUGACAAAUGUGGCUGUAGCAACAAUUUUCACAACACAUGCAACACUGUUGGGCCGAUAUCUUUGUGCAGCCAAUGUGGACUUUUAUAAUAAUUUGGAUAGGUUUGAUGUUGACAAGGAAGCUGGAGAUCGUAAGAUUUAUCAUCGUUACUGCCUUGAGCGAGCCGCUGCAAACAAUGCCCAUGUAUUCACUACUGUAUCACACAUCACAGCAGAUGAAGCAGAGCAUUUACUGAAAAGAAGAGCUGAAAUUGUCCUACCAAAUGGUUUAAAUGUUGUCAAAUACACAGCUCUACAUGAGUUCCAGAAUCUUCAUGCCAUUUCCAAAGAGAAGAUUUGUAACUUUGUGCGAGGUCAUUUUCAUGGACAUCUAGAUUUUGAUAUGGACAAGACACUGUUCUUCUUCAGUGCUGGAAGGUAUGAGUACUUCAACAAGGGAGCUGACCUGUAUAUUGAAGCAUUAGCAAGGCUUAACCACCUGUUGAAGUCCAGUGGCAGUGAUGUUACCGUAGUCGCAUUUCUGAUAUUUCCAGCACGGACCAGCAACUUCAAUGUUGAUUCACUGAAAGGACAAGCUGUCACCAAACAGCUCAGUGAUACAGUCUCUGAAAUCCAGGAUAAAAUCGGAAAACGAAUAUACGAGUCUUGUCUUGGGGGAAAGCUUCCGGAUGGCAAUAAGCUUUUAGAGGCAGAUGAGAUCAUCAAGCUGAAGAGAUGUAUCCUUGGCGCUAAGCGUCCAAACCUUCCUGCCAUUGUGACUCACAAUAUGUUAGAAGACUCUGUGGACCCCAUUCUGUGUCACCUUCGCAGGACGCAUCUUUUCAACAAGCCUGAGGACAGAGUCAAGGUUAUUUUUCAUCCUGAAUUCUUAUCCACGAUUAGUCCUCUUCUUCCCAUUGACUACAGCGAGUUUGUGCGAGGCUGUCAUUUGGGAGUGUUUCCUUCUUAUUAUGAGCCUUGGGGCUACACUCCAGCGGAGUGUACUGUGAUGGGAAUCCCCUCCGUGUCCACCAAUCUAUCAGGAUUUGGUCGGUUCAUGGCAGAGCACGUGACUGAUCCUACAUCCUAUGGCAUUUAUCUUGUGGACAGGAGAUUCAAGUCAGCUGAAGAAUCAAUUGUCGAACUCACGCAGUACAUGAUGAGUUUUUGCAAACUGACAAGAAGACAGCGAAUCAUUCAGAGGAACAGGACAGAACGUCUUAGUGAACUCUUGGAUUGGAGGAGUUUGCACCGGUAUUACACCCGUGCACGGUUACUUGCCUUGCAUCAUCUUCAACCGGACAAAUACGAGAAGCCGAGCAUGACCGAGGAAGCGCAAUCGAAUUUCAUUUAUCCACGCCCAAGCUCAGAACCACCAUCUCCGGUCCCCUCCGAAUGUGGCUCGGACACUGGCGAAGAUGAAGAAGACACAAAGCAUCGACUCUUUAGUGAUUAGACUGUUUUACCACGGGAAUGAUUUUUAGUUUAAAUAAGCAACGUGUUCUUUAGAUACAAGAAUUUUCUUAUCAAGUAUUCCUUCAAUGACUUAAAAUCCAAACAAAAUUUAAAAACAAGGCAUCUGUUACGCUUAAGUCAUAUCAGUUGCCUGGCUUAAUCCUCGUCCUUGUGACUUCAGUCGAUGUUUUUGUAACGUAUUCUUUCGACGAUGAGUCACGCUCUCUCUUCGAAAUCGGCGUGACCAAAAUUACCUGCUAUUUGGGGAAAGAGUUGAGCCGAGUACCGAGCCAACUUUUCCCCAUUUCACUCUGUUAUUUAAGUAACGCUUAUCUUUGAGAUGCGGGAUUUGACGAAGAUUAUGUUGCAUUUAUAGAGUGUUUUAAGUUAUGUUUUAUGGACUGAAAACCGAAUUGAUGCCAGUUAAGCCACAAUUCAUUUAGGGAACAUAUUUAAGAACCGGAGGGGAUGGCGACAGUGGGUGUUCUUUCGAAGUGAAAAUUCGUGGAAACAGCAAUAGAAUUUACGACUAGAAUUCAAUUAACAUCGCUUUUACACGCACGCACAAAUAUAUAUAUAUAUAUAUAUAUAUAUAUAUAUAUGUGACGAUGAGUAUUUCGUGUAAGAGUGAUAUAGUUAGUCUCAAUAUUUCUAAUCUGAGUGUUUAUAGGUAAGACAGUUUACAUAUUUAAGCUGUUUAGCGUAAAGUUGUAAGAUGUAAUUUAAUUCUUUACUUGCUAUAAACAUGGUUUAUUUUUACUUUUGAAUACCCAACAAAUUGAGAGAAAUGAUAAUUACUCAAUGAGAUGAUAUUCUUGUCUAAUGCGCAACGAAUACAACCAGCGAAUUAAAGAAAGUUUAUCGUUCACAAUA